AUGAUAGAGCGGACAAGAGGCAACCUUUUUGGUUUCACCCUGCAUCACUGGCACGGUGACCAGCAAUAUUGCGUGACGUCCGAAUUAUCCCGAAGGAACCAGCAGCAGAAACAGCAGACCUCCUUGCGCUACAAAGACACCAUGCAAAGACUGUGCUGCAGUGUCUGUGCAAAGAAAGGUCAACGCAUGACGUACUGGCGGCUGCGCACCACCCACCACAAAACACCCAUGUCGGUAUCAUUGGCGGACCUACGCGUGUCUACCCUUGCGUUGCGGCUGCCAACGGCGAACUUCAGCAACAACGGCGAAACCCAUCACCACAUUUCUCAUACGUAA